CUUUUACGUGGCGCCUGUCCCAGCGGCCAUAUCCGAAAGGGGGUGUGGAAGAAAGAAGAAGCCGGGGGGAAAUAAUUUGUUUGGUUUUAAUGGCUACGGCUAGUUUCCAGAUCUUCUGGCUUCGAUUACCUUCGAGUGGUUACUCCAAUAGCUUAAAAUUUGAUGCUUCUCUCGCCUCCCUUUCUUCUUCUUCUUCUUUAAAGCUCUGCUGUCCUACCGCCUUCCUGAAGAGGGGCAAUGAACGAUUUCCUCAGCAACCCAGGGUAUCAUCAGAAGAGUUCCCAAGUGAGUUAGUUGAAGAUUCAAAAUUCGUUCCUUUGAAUGCUGAUGAUCCUGUGUAUGGUCCACCUGCUUUAUUGCUACUGGGAUUUGAAGCAGAUGAAAUGGACAGGAUUAAGAAGUUCCUAAGAGAGCUAGAUGGUGAGUUUUUAAAGGUUAUUUAUUGUACCGAAGAUAUGAUUAAGCUAUCAGUUUGGGAUGCAAUGCACAUUGAACAACCUGAUUUAGAAGAUGUGAAGAUUGCAAAAUCAUUGCCAAGAAUAUGUUUCUUGUCUGGCUUAAGUGGCGAGGAGAUGAUGAUGUUUAUUGAUGCAUUUCCAGAAACUGGACUGAAACCAGCUGUAUUUGCAGCACUUGUACCUAAUAGUGCAGAUAAACUACUUGGAGAUGUGAUUGAAGAGAUCAUGGGGGACCAUGAAAUGCUGGUUCAGAAAAUUAGCGUGAUACAGAAUUUCUAUUGGGAGUGCGGUUGAGACGAAGUUAGCUUACUUUUUUUGAUUUAGGAUUUUCUCAAAAUUGAUGCAAGAUCUUAUUUAAUGUUGACCUUGUC